AUGUCUCAAUUAAAUUCUAAUGUUCUUUUAAAGAAUGAGCUUCUUGAUUGUUUUGGAAGUGUUAUUGAGAACAGUCCGGAAAUUUUAAUGGAAUGUUUGUCUAUAUUAAAACUUUAUUCAAUUUCUCCUACAGAACUUUUUUAUAGAUGGGAGUCUUGGUGUUUAAAAAUGGGCAAUGAACCUGAGUUGGUACUUGAAAAUAUUCAACUUUUUAAAAGAGAUAUGCAAUAUAUUCUUGAAAAAAGAUCUAAUUCAAAAAAAAAACAAUCUGUUUAUUAUAAAGAUUAUAAUAAUAAUGAUUAUUCUCCAGAUUUAGUUCAUGAGAGCUCUGAAUCUUAUAAAAUGCAAGUAUUUUCAAAUAUUAUGUCGAAUAAAUUUGAGAAUUCAAAAAAAUUAUCUAAUUUCUUAGAUUCAAGCCAUAGUUCAGGUAUACCUAUAGGAAAUAAUAACUAUAUAUCAAUUACUUCUUUUAAUAUUUCUACAAAUUCUGGAAAAGUUAUGGAGACUCUUAAUUCACAUAUUUCUUUUUGUAAUAUUAGAAGUGACAUGGAUGAAAAACAGAAAAAAAUAUCUUUGAUUGCUAACUUUGAUCCGAAGAAAUAUUCUUUUAAAAUAAUGUAUCAAAAGCUUUCAGAAGCUUCAGAGGUUCUUGACGAUAAGAUUGAUAUGUUUACUGAAGAAUUAAUCAAGCAUUAUGAUCUUUCUCAAGAUGAUUUUGGAAAUCCUGCUCAUAUAUCACAUAAUGAAAUAGUGGCUGUAGGAAGGAUUAUUUGCGAUUCUGAUUCUGGGGGUCGUUUGAAUACUACAUCUAUAAUUUUAGAAACGUCUCGUAGAUUUGGUGCAGGAAGUCGUGUUUUGUUACAUGUUGAUAGCCUUAGAAGUUAUGCUCUUUUUCCAGGACAAAUAUUGGGAGUUAAAGGGAUUAAUUCUAGUGGUUCCUAUUUUUCUGUUCGUGAAUUCUUGAUGUUGCCUCUUUUACCUUUUUCAGCAACUAGUUUGUCUGAUUUUAAGAGGUACAAUAGUUUAUUGAAUGGUAUGCCUCAGAAGAUAUUUGUUGCUUCUGGGCCAUAUACAGUUAAUGAUAAUAUUUUAUUCGAACCAUUAACUGAGUUAUGUAAUAAAAUACAAGAAGAAAAACCAGAUGUUUCUAUUUUUAUAGGUCCAUUUUUGGAUAUAAGACAUCCAUUAAUUUCUACUGGGAAUUUCAAUAUACCAUCUUUAAAAGAUGAUAUAGGCUCAUUGGAUGAUUUAUUUAAACAUUGUAUUAGUUCUAAGCUUACAAGAUUAAAUUGUUUAGUAAUUAUGAUUCCUCAUGUUCAAGAUGCUUGUUGUAAACAUGCAGCAUGGCCUCAGGAUUGUUUCAAUAAAAAAUCUUUAGGAUUAGAGAAAAAUAUAAAGUGUAUGCCUAAUCCUGCUUUGUUUUCGUUGAAUGAAGUUAUUAUUGGUAUUAGUUCAAAUGAUAUUCUUAUGUCGUUAUCUAAGUCUGAAAUUAUUAAAUCUCCUUUAUACUCAAAUGCAUUAGCGCGGCUAUCUUAUCAUGUAAUACAACAAAGGCAUUUUUAUCCGUUGUUUCCAGGUACUGCAUAUGAAUCUCUUAUUGAUGGUGCAAAUUUAGAUAUUGCUUUUAUGGGUUUAGGAGAGUUUUCAGAUGUGUUGCCUGACAUUUUAAUAUUACCUAGUGAUCUUCAAUAUUUUGCUAAGAUUAUUUCUGAUACCGUUGUUAUAAAUCCAGGACGUUUAGCUAAAAAACAGGCUUUUGGAACUUAUGCUGUUAUGUAUAUAGAACCUCGAGAUUUAAAAAAGGUUAAAUCAACUGGUAUUGAUUUAAAUGAUGUAAUGCUUCCUCAUAAUUUAUCAGAAAGGGCUAGAGUCGAUAUAAUUAGGAUUUGA